AUGGACCUAAAAACCGGUGGACUACUCGUGCCGCCAACUGUUAAGAAUUCAAGCUGCUCCCAUCCACGUUAUACCAGUCACAAUUUCAUUGUACACAUCGGCAUUGCGGAGACGAUCGAAGCGGUGCUCAUACUUAUAUUGACGCUGGGUGUGAUUGGUGCCAAUUGCCUGGUUAUAUUUGUUAUAAACAAUCGUCGUUACUCGCCAUAUAUACAUCAGCAGCCACGAUAUCUGCUUACCUCCUUGGCUUUAAAUGACCUCACCAUUGGACUGCUUAUCACACCGUUUGGACUGUUGCCAGCGCUGUUCCAUUGCUGGCCAUACGGCGAGAUAUUUUGCCAAAUACAGGCUCUCCUGCGCGGUGCGCUGUCUCAACAAAGUGCAGUCAUAUUGGUCUGCAUGGCUGUGGAUCGAUACAUGUGUGCAUUGCAUCCAAGGAAAUACUAUCAGCAUUCGAGUAAAAAGGGUUGCGUUGCCGUGCUGAGCUUAACAUGGAUCAUCAGUUUGACGGUAUUUGGUUUUCUGGUACUACCAAAAGGCUACUACUUCAACAACACCGGCCUAAUGGCCUGUGAGCCAUUCUACAGUAAACCCUCAUAUCGCAUACUAGCCACCUGCGCACUCUACUUCCCCACCACCAUGGUGCUCAUGUAUUGCUAUGGCUCCAGUUUUCAUAUGAGCCGUUUCCGCUUAAACGAUCCGACAAUGCCACUAACAGCUGCGGCACAUCAUCCGCAUCUCGGACAUCCGCCGCAUAUGUUACAACAAUCGAUGCAUGGCCAUCACAUGCAUCAUGGUGGUAUGGCUGGUGGUGGCGGUAUAAGUCAUCAUGGGCUACCACCCGGUACCACAACGCUGCCAAAUACGCCAGUAAUGAAUCUCAGUAUGGCAAUGAGCAUGGGCUUAGGCAUGGCAGGGAUGAGUGGUAUGAGCGGAAUGGGUGGCAUGGGUGGCAUGGGUGGAAUGGGCGGUGGUGGUGCUAGCGCAGGGUAUGGUGGCAAUGGAAGCGGCAAUGGCUCGGGAGGAGGAGUUGGAGGCAGUAGCGGUGGUCCAACGAAUAAUGUGACAAAGAAGAUUGUGCCAAUACAGGAAAAGCACUCAGCCGGCAACACUUCACGCUCCAUGGCUGCCAUUUCGUUGGGUUUCAUUGUUAUGGUCACACCUUGGACGAUACAGGAGAUUGUCACUGCCUGCACGGGUUCGAAGCUACCGCCAUUUUUGGAUUUUCUGGUAACUUGGACCGCCUUAAGCAAUAGUUUGUGGAAUCCUUUUAUGUACUGGCUGCUUAAUUCGGAUUUUCGACGGCUGAGUAGACAUUUGAUGCCGAAUAGGUGCUUUCCCACCGAGGACACGCCCGAACACAAAUCACCCUGUUGUCACAUCAAUUCUGAUUUCGAAAUCACGACGUUGCCACUGCCGCCGGAACCGCCUACUGGACGACCGCCGAAGGGCGGCAAUAACAGCGAUGCUGGUGGCGAUAACAACGGCAGCGAAGGCGGCAACAGCUCCAGUAUAGGCGGUGGCAGUAGCAGCAGAGGUGGAGUUGGGCGCGGUGGCUCAGUGUUGGGUAUCUGCGCGCGAGCACGCACCAACAGCCUCAGCCGUAGCGCUGCGCAGCAAGCACGCAAAAAUGCCAACAGCGGCUGCAGCAACAGCAGUCAUGGACAUCAUGGACACAGCCACCACGUCGGUGGCGGUGGGCUGACUUUCACCAGCGUACGGCCCGACAUUGAGGGUCUCUCCGAAAAGUACUGGGGAGAAAUACUCGAGCGCACUGUCAGUUCGGGCAGCUUACAUGCGCUGACGAAAAGCUUUCCCCACGCAGCGCCGCAUCACUACUAUGCGCACCAUCAAGUGUUGCCACAUCAACAAGCGCUGCCGCCGCAUACAGGGACAAUGACGACGUCAUUUAGCAAACAUAGCGAACUGAAUCUCAACUUGGCGCUCGCGGAACAUGAACGCCAUGCGGCAGCGCUACACGACGCGAACGGCGGUGCAAGCGGCGCGCUCAACGCCUAUGAGCUCAGCAAAUUCUCCAAUUCAGAGCCAAAAUUGUGCGAGCAUAUCUAUCAUGAUGCCAACUGUGCCAAAAAUAAAUCAGCAGCGCUUGGCGGCGGUAUCAGUGGGCUGGGUGGUGAUGAUGUCAAAAUGUCAACUGGUGCGGCAGCGGCAGCGGCGUCGGCAACCGGACGUAGUAUACCGGAUAUUUAG